ACUAGAGCAUGUUCUUGGUGUUUGCGCAGGCGCACAAACACCAAGAACAGAGUUAUGACCAUGACGAAAUCCUUUUCUCUGCGGCCUGACUGGACCCUCCAGUCUCACAUCACCUGUUCCCCUGUUCACCUGUUCACCUGUUCACCUGUGCCUCCUGCUCUGCCGCUGUCCACGGGGAUGUUGACUUUUCUUGGAUAAGAGGAACGCUGCAGUAUUUAGCAGGCAGGCAUGACGCAGAAACAGAUGAAAGCUUCUCCAGUGGAGGGUCCCGAUGGUGGCUGGGGAUGGGUGCUGGUUGCAGCCCUCUUUGUCUGUAACACUCUGGUUUUCGGGCUAAUGCGUGUGUUUGGGAUCUUUUUUGUGGAGUUUGUACACUACUUUGGCGAAAGUGCUCAAGCUAUUUCAUGGAUCUCUUCUAUUGGAGUGGCAACACAGCAGUUCUUCAGCACGGUGGGGGCCGCACUAGGGAAUGCAUAUGGAGCCAGAGUGGUGGUGAUGGCCGGGGGAUUCCUUACCGGGCUUGGUCUGAUACUUGCCUCACAGGCUACAGCUGUGUUUCACCUCUACCUCACAAUGGGUGUAAUUACAGGUCUUGGCUGGGGUCUUGUCUUUGCUCCCAUGAUGGCCACAGUGAUGGCUCACUUCACUCGUCGACGCACUAUGGCUCUAGGUCUUUCUUUGUCUAGCAUCGGCCUUUCAGCUUUUGCCUAUAACCCACUUUUCCAACUGUUGAUUGAGAGUUAUACUUGGCGUGGAGCCCUUCUUAUUGCAGGAGCUCUUGCCUUCAACAUUAUUCCCUGUGGAGCACUUAUUGGGCCACAGAAACAUUCAGUGCCUGCAGAGAAGACAAAUUCUGAUAACAAGGUGUCACAGUCUAUGCUGCAAAGGGUGUCCUCCUACAUGGCGCUAUCUGUACUGUUGGAGAGGCCGUAUAUCACCCUUGUAUUAGCUACCAGUUUUAUGAAUGCAGGAUUCUUUGUGCCGUAUAUCCAUCUUGUGGCCCUCGGUCGUGGUGCGCGUUUUUCUGACUACCAGGCUGCGUUUUUGGUGUCAAGUGCUGGAAUCGCAGACAUCGUGGGCCGCCUUUUCUCUGGCUGGUUCACAGACCUGGGAUAUUUCCGGAUGAUUCAUGUGUUAACCACCUGGGCAAUGCUCUUGGGGUUGUCUAUUGCGCUGCUACCUGUGAGCACCCUGACAGGCUCAUACCUUGUGGUCACUGUAGCUAGUGUGCUGUACGGUUUCUGCAGUGGGGCUCUUACGGCACUGCCCUUUUCUAUCCUGCCCCAGAUCGUAGGAGUGGGGCGUGUGAUGGGGGCUCUGGGCCUGCUGCAAAUGCUAGAGAGUGGAGCUGGACUCUUAGGGACACCCUUGUCAGGUUAUCUCCGGGACAUCACAGGGGAAUUCUUCAUUUCCUUUCUGGUGGCUGGCAGCUUCCUACUUGUCGCAGGCCUGAUACUUACAACUCAGCCCCAUUUUUUCUCACGCACAGAUCCACCAUUACCUCUGAAACACCCUUUAGAUUUAUAGA